GAGAGGGAAACCACUGAGGUUGUUGCCAUAGCAACUGUAAACGUAGUUCCUCUCCUUUGGUGUUAGCCAUAGCCUGUGGUGUUAGCUCAUGUGCUAAUUUAAAGCUGGAGAACUAACAUUAGACUUUUUUUAACUGGACUCUUUUUGUACCGAUGGACGAACAACCGCGGGUUUCUCAGAUACUUCCUCUGGCUUUACCCAGAGGAGAAGACAAGCUGUGUGAACUUUGUCAGGAGAGAGCUCACCUGCAAUGCGACAAGUGCCGGUUCACGUUUUACUGUAAUGCAGAGCACCAGCAGGCCGACUGGAUGGGGAUCCACCAGAGAAUCUGUCAGCUGCUUGUUCCCAUUCGGAACCCAACGAUCUUCAGUCUCCAGCGGGCCGGACAAAUUGAGACGCAGCUCAAAAAGGCAGAGCUGAUUGAGAUUUGCAGGUUGGUGGCUCGGAGGAAGUUAUCUGAGAGAAAACACCAGGAGGCUGUGCCCGCCGCCCAGUUCUGCCUGCGCUGCUCCAUCGACGUCCUCGGCCCCAGCACUGUCCAGCUGGUCCCUUCCCACCUGCUGCUGGCAGAGGCCAACAUGGGUUUGGGUAAUCUGUCCCUGGUGGCGGAGCUCCUGUCCCAGGCAGAGUGGCUGGUGUUGAAGAGUCCAGAUUGUGGUCACGCAGUCCGGCAGCAGCUGCACAGGAGCCUGGGCCACCUCCACACGGCCACUGGAGACCUGCAGGCUGCUCUACUUAACUUUGCAAACGAUGUAUACUUUGCCAGUGAGGAGUAUGGUCUGGAUAGCACCGUCACCUCUGAUGGCUACUUUCUCAUGGCCGACGUGUUUGCCAAACAGGGGAAGAUUUCCAUUACUCGCUCCCUGUACUCUACGGUGGCACAUAUUUGGCACCGCCAUCUGUCCAAACUCCUCAAGUCCCACAUCCAAAGUGUCCAAAACCCUGACGUGAUGUUGGAGCCCUCUUAUGACCAAGGUCGACAAGCUGAGGUGGACGAGAUGUUGAGAACGAUGUUGGAGUUUGAACAGGACGACACCAGGAAGGACCCGGCCCAGGUCGCCCUGGUGGCCCACUGCCUCGCCAUGCUGUGGUUUCUGAAGGGAGACAACCUGAAGGCACUGGGAUUUGGCAGCGUGGCCCUGCAGGCCAGCCAGCUGAUACCAAACCAUGACCUGACAGAGGCCGUCCAGGGCCUGCUGCAGCUGGUGCAGAGUUUGCAGACAGAACCGCAUCCAGGUUCCGGCUUGUCAGCGCAGCCUUCACCCGAAGAUGUGCUCCGAGAUCAGGACAGUCCUUCAUUUCAGCCAUGAGGCACCAAACCAAGUAAUUGGUAACACAUACAAAGUUAAUCAGUACAGUGAUGUCAUUCAGGGUUUAUCUGUAUGUACUUAAUUAAAAAUAUUAGGGAUCAUAGGGUAUCUCUAAUGAAAUGAAACCAAUUUUUGAUAUGGAAACGCUUGAUAAAAAGUAAUAAAAGGAGAAAGAGGCAUGAUUUAUCA